AUGAUUUGGCAAGAGGAGCAAAAUGGUGAGUAUAGUGUGAAAUCGGGGUAUAAAAUUUGGAAUGAUCUUCAUAGUAACAUUCGAAAUCAUAACAUUGAGGGGAGGUGGAAGAGUAUUUGGAAUAUUUCUACACCACCUAGAGCUAAACAUUUGCUAUGGCGGAUUUGUAAAGAUUGUCUACUGACGCGUACAAAGCUUCAACAACGUCAUGUUCAAUGUCCGUCUGUUUGUCCUUGGUGCGAGUUAGAGGAUGAAGAUGAUUGGCAUAUAUUUUUCAGAUGCGUCUCAAUCAUUCGGAGUUGGCGGGCAGCAGGUUUGUCAUCUAUUAUAGAUCCUCGGUUGCCUAAUUUCCAUGAUGCUAAGUCUCUUAUCUUUGAUGUUUGUAGUCGGGAGGAUCGUAGAGAUGCGGGUCAGUUUGCUGUUUUGCUUGAGACCCUUUGGCGGAAUAGGAAUAAUAUGGUUUGGCAAGAUACCCGGGAUGAUGCUUUGAGGAUUGGUAUUCAAGCUUAUCAUAAUUGGUAUGAUUGGUUCUUAGCUAGAGAUGAGCAUAAUUUGGCGGGGGGUAAUAAUUUAACUAUAAGUUGGAUUCCUCCUUCAAUUAAUUACCUGAAAUGUAAUGUUGAUGCAGGUUUUAAUAAUGUGUGUGGUACAACAAAUAGAGGGUGGUGCUUUAGAGAUCACUUUGGAAGGUUUAUUUCCGCAGGGGUGUCCUGGGACGUGGAUCUUAUCUCCGUUGUCGAAGCUGAAGCAACCGCCUUAAAGGAAGCAAUCCAAAAGGCUAUUUUUCUUCAGUUAUCCCACGUCAUUUUUGAAACUGAUUGUCAGAUUGUCGCUAAGGCUAUUUAUGCUUCUCAUGUUGGCUCCUCAUAA